ACGAAAUAACAGAAGAAGAAGCAGAAAAGCGUGUGAAAAAAUGAAUGUUUUUCUUGAUUUGGAAGCUCUCUCAAAUGCAUUGUCUGGAAUGGGAGUGGACGAGAAAUCACUGGUUUCGAUACUGGGGAAUUUUCACGUCGAGCAUCGAAGAACGUUCAGGAGAGCGAACCCUAGUUUCUUCGUAGAAGACGAGAGAGAUUUUGAGAGAUGUGAAGAUCACUUCCUCAGGCAUCUCAAGCGAGAGUUCACGCGCUUCAAUAAUGCGGUGGUGAUGUGGGCGAUGCAUGCGUGGGAGAGAGACGCGAGGCUGGUGAAGAAAGCAUUGAGAAAGGGUGAAGAUUCUUACAACGUGAUAGUGGAAGUUGCAUGCACGCGCUCUUCUCAUCAUCUCUUGGGUGCUCGUAGAGCUUACCACUCUCUCUUCGACCAAUCCAUGGAAGAGGACGUCGCCUCUCACAUCCAUGGCCCUCAUCGCAAGCUUCUCGUAGGGCUUGUAAGCGCUUAUAGAUACGAAGGGAGCAAGAUUACGGAAGCGGCUACGAAGCUGGAGGCCGAGAUUCUUGCGGAAGCGAUCGCCUCGCAUCGGGAACAAGCCGUCGAGAACGACGAGGUUGUACGGAUUCUGACAACAAGAAGCAAACUCCAUCUGAAACAUGUCUACAAACAUUACAUGGAAAUCACCGACACUGACAUUUCCGCGGAUUUAGCCGAUUCCUCGGUUUUAAGCGACACAUUGCUUUGUUUGUUUAGACCUUCGGCAUAUUUCAGUAAGUUAUUGAAUGCAUCUUUGAGCAAUGACUCCGACAAGAAAGCUAAGAAAUGGCUGACAAGAGUGAUAGUUACAAGAGCAGAUCACGCCGACAUGAAGGAGAUGAUCGAAGAAUAUCGUCGGCUUUUCGGGGAGUCUUUGGACGAGAAAAUCCGAGCAAGGACUAACGGAAACUACAGAGAUUUCUUGCUCACAUUGUUGGCUAAAUCAGAUUGAUUUUUUGAUCGAGCGAAUCAUCAGAGACAAGUCUUCCCUUUGGUUUGAGUUUCGAGUUGUGGUAUUGGAUUUUGUUGUUCAUGGUUCGGUUCGUGGUCUGGAUUCGUGUUUUCUGGUAAUAAAGGAUCUUUCCCCGUU